UCCGGCGGGGUCCGCUCGCCAUGCCGUCCCGGGUGGAGGACUACGAGGUGCUGCACGGCAUCGGCACCGGCUCCUACGGCCGCUGCCAGAAGAUUCGGAGGAAGAGCGACGGCAAGAUACUGGUGUGGAAAGAGCUUGACUAUGGCUCCAUGACGGAGGUGGAGAAGCAGAUGCUUGUGUCUGAAGUGAACCUGCUUCGGGAGCUGAAACACCCCAACAUUGUCCGUUACUAUGAUCGGAUUAUCGACCGAACCAACACGACCCUGUACAUCGUGAUGGAAUACUGUGAAGGAGGGGACCUGGCUAGCAUCAUUACAAAGGGGACCAAGGACAGGCAAUACUUAGAGGAAGAGUUUGUCCUUCGAGUGAUGACACAGCUGACGCUGGCCCUGAAAGAGUGUCACAGAAGGAGCGAUGGCGGCCACACGGUGCUCCAUCGGGACCUGAAGCCGGCCAACGUCUUCCUGGAUGGCAAGAACAACGUCAAGCUCGGGGACUUUGGGCUGGCUAGAAUACUAAACCACGACACGAGCUUCGCAAAGACGUUUGUCGGCACCCCUUAUUACAUGUCUCCUGAGCAAAUGAGCCGCUUGAGCUACAACGAGAAGUCGGACAUCUGGUCACUGGGCUGCCUGCUGUACGAGCUGUGCGCACUAAUGCCUCCCUUUACAGCCUUCAACCAGACAGAGUUAGCUGGGAAAAUCAGAGAAGGGAGAUUCAGGCGGAUCCCGUACCGCUACUCGGAUGGGUUGAAUGACCUCAUCACGCGGAUGCUCAGCCUGAAGGAUUACCACCGACCUUCAGUGGAGGAGAUCCUGGAGAGCCCGCUGAUAGCAGACUUGGUUGCAGAAGAGCAGAGGAGAAAUGUGGAGAGGAGAGGCCGGCCCUGGAAGCUGCAGGACUCCAGCCCAGUGCUGAGUGAGCUCAGGCUGAAGGAAAAGCAGCUGCAGGAUCGAGAGCGCGCCCUCAGAGCUCGGGAGGACAGCCUAGAGCAGAAGGAACGUGAGCUUUGCCUUCGAGAGAGGCUCGCAGAGGACAAGCUGGCCAGAGCCGAGAGCCUGCUGAGGAACUACAGCUUGCUGAAGGAGCAGCGGUUCCUGUGUCCGGCUGCUGGCCCAGAACCUGGUCUUCCAUCCUCAGUGAUGAAGAAAAAGGUGCAUUUCCAUGGGGAGAGCAAAGAGAAUGCCACACGAAGCGAGAGCUCCGAGAGCCAGCGUUCCGAGAGCCAGCUCGCCAAGUCCAAGUGCAAGGACCUGAAGAAGAGGCUCCAUGCUGCCCAGCUGCGGGCUCAGGCCCUGUCAGAUAUUGAAAAGAACUACCAGCUGAAGAGCAGGCAGAUCCUGGGCAUGCGCUAGGCCUGCGGGAGUGGAGCUGGGCAAGUACUGGACACUGGGACUCGGCUGCCACAGUCUCUGUCUGCUUCUCUGAGCUGCACCUCUGUGCGAUGAGCAGGACACUGGGCUGUUUGUGGACUUUCAGCAGCAGGCCUACAAGAACAUGCCCCUCACCUGAUGGCCCUGUCCAGAAAGCAGUUUCCAGUGUGGCCUCACUGGCGUGACCUCACUUUAACAGGGCCGUACAGAGGCACAGUGAGAGCUUUGUUUCUGGGCUCACCCCGGCCACUGGCUGAUGAGAAGCUGUCACUAGCAUCCAGUCCCAAGAUGCCCGUAGUGCUAGUUA